AUGGGGUGGGGUCUCUUUGGUACGAAGUCAGGAACCACUCAAUGUGAUUCGAUAAAUACUCUUUAUAACCUGAAAGUUUUUAAUAUAACUAAGGAACAUUUACUGGCACGCUGGUACAACACUGACCAAGGAGCGAUGGACCAGCAAUUCUGCUUACGCUGGAACAAUCAUCCCACAAAUCUGACCGGCGUCCUCACAUCCCUGCUGCAGCGUGAGGCGCUCUGCGAUGUCACGCUCGCCUGCGAGGGCGAAACAGUCAAGGCCCAUCAGACCAUACUGUCCGCCUGCAGUCCAUAUUUCGAGACGAUCUUCCUACAGAAUCAACAUCCACAUCCCAUCAUCUACUUGAAAGAUGUCAGAUACUCAGAGAUGCGAUCUCUGCUCGACUUCAUGUACAAGGGCGAGGUCAAUGUGGGCCAGAGCUCGCUGCCCAUGUUUCUCAAGACGGCCGAGAGCCUGCAGGUGCGCGGUCUCACAGAUAACAACAAUCUGAACUAUCGAUCCGACUGCGACAAGCUGCGCGACUCCGCCGCCAGCUCCCCCACCGGCCGCGGACCCUCCUCCAGCUAUGGCGGUGGCCUAGGGGUGGGUGAUGGGGUGCGAGACUCACGUGACUCCCUGCGCUCCCGAUGUGAACGCGACCUGCGCGACGAGCUGUCGCAGCGCAGCAGCAGCGUUAAUGCAGCCGCCGCGGCUUUGGGCCUGACGACGCCCAGCGCCGGCGAACGAUCUCCCAGCGUGGGCAGCGCCAGUGCGGCAGCGGCGGCCGCGGUGGCUGCUGCUGUGGCAGCCGCUGCCGCCAAUCGCAGUGCCAGCGCCGAUGCACUCAACAGUCGUGGUGAUGCGUGCAGCGAUCGUGGCAGCGAGCGGGGCACUCUCGAGCGGGCCGACAGUCGUGAUGAGUUGCUGCAGCUCGACUACAGCACCAAGGACAACAACAACAGCAACAUCAGCAACACCAGCAACAAUAACAACAACAACAACAAUAGCAGCAGCAACAACAACAAUCGGGAGCGAGAACGAGAACGGGAACGGGAGCGGGACAGCAGCAGGGACCGCGAGAGGGAGCUCUCCACGACGCCGGUGGACCAGCUGAGUAGUAGUAAGCGCAGACGUAAGAACUCAUCAUCCAACUGUGAUAACUCGCUGUCCUCGAGCCACCAUGCGAUCGCGGCCCAUGCCCAGGACAGGCAUUACCCGCAGGACUCUCAGGGCAACUUCAAGUCGAGCCCCGUGCCCAAGACAGGCGGCAGCACAUCAGAGUCGGAGGAUGCGGGCGGCCGUCACGAUUCGCCGCUCUCAAUGACCACCGGCGGCCACUUGGGCGGCGGUGGGGGCAAUGUGGGCGCGGCCAGUGCCCUGAGCGGUCUCAGCCAGUCGCUGAGCAUCAAACAGGAGCUGAUGGACGCCCAGCAGCAGCAGCAGCAUCGGGAGCAUCAUGUGGGCCUGCCGCCCGACUACUUGCCGAGCGGGGCUCUGAAGCUGCACGCGGAGGAUAUGUCAACGCUGCUGUCGCAGCACGCUCUGCAGGCCGCGGACGGGCGCGAAGAUCACAACGACGCCAAACAGAUGCAGCUCGAUCAGACGGACAACAUUGACGGCUCGAAGGCCUGGCACAUGCGGCUCACCUUCGAGCGACUCUCGGGCGGCUGCAACCUGCAUCGUUGCAAGCUUUGCGGCAAGGUCGUCACGCACAUACGCAACCACUACCACGUCCACUUCCCCGGCCGCUUCGAGUGCCCGCUGUGCCGGGCCACCUACACGCGCAGCGACAACCUGCGCACCCACUGCAAGUUCAAGCAUCCUAUGUACAACCCGGACACGCGCAAGUUCGACAAUCUGCUGUCGGGCUCCUCGGUGGGGGCACCUUCCACGCCCACCGCCUGUCAUCUGGCCGUCGCCUCUCAGGCUGCCAUGGCAGCGGCGGCCGCCGCCGCCUUCAAUGCAGCGCAACAGCAGCAGCAGCAGCAACAACAGCAGCAGCAACAGCAAUCGCAGUCACAAUCCCAACAGCAGCAACAGCAACAAUCGCCGCAUCAGCAACUGCAGCAACAUGCCCAUGCCCUGGCGCAGCAGCACAUGUUGCACCAACAAUUGCAGCCGCAGCACCAGCAGCAGCAGCAGCAUAACGCGACAAGUGAAUGAUAUAGUCAGUACCAUGGCUGGAACUAUGGCGCCUGGCGCCUCGAUGACACGUCCACGAAGCAACAGCCGCCGCCGCACUUUGCCACAAACAGCAACUAUGAGCAACAUCAGCGCAAAGCUCAGCCCUUUAACUUUUAUGCACGCGACUACUACUUCCAGCAACAGCAACAGCAACUGCAACAUCAUCAGCUGCAACAAACAUCACAAACAACUCUAAGCAAUGGCAACAUGAGGCAGCAGCAGCAUCCACAGCAACAGCAACAACAUCUCGAGGAGCAGCCACAGCCGCAGACGAUCAUCAUCGAGGAAAGCGACGACAAUGAGGUGGAUGAGGAGCAGCGUGGUAUGGCCACCAACUGCAUGCGGCAGAAUUUCAAUCAGUAUAUGGCCCAGAUGAAGCAGUUUGCACCCUGCCAAACGGCUGGCGGGGCAGAUCCUCAUGAGGCGAUUGAGACAUUGUGCAAUAGCAGCAGCAGCAGCAAAAGCAACAGUAACAGCAACAACGCAACAAAUGCCAAUCAAACGGAAGCUACUACAACUACUACUAAUAGUAACGAUAAUGCUAAUAAUAAUAAUAAUAAUAAUCAGAGUUAUGCUAACAAUACUAGGAACUACAACAAAAGGCAGCCGGCCCCGUGAGCACAGCAACAGCAACAGAAACAGCAACCAAUUGAUACUCAAAAUACAUAAGAAAAAUCGAACAGAAAUCUGAAUGAAUGUUGACCAUGCAAAUUGUUGAAUGGUAAGCCAAAUUUAUUUGUCAAUUAUGUAAGCGAAACGCAAAGGAAUGAACAGUAAAGGAAAGGAAUGGAAAGCAGAGGAAAGGAAAGGAA